CCACCUUUAGUUUUAGGCAUUCAGCACCUCACCAGCUCCAAACACGCCCACCCCACGUCGACACGUCCCUCCACCGCCCCCUCGACUAGCCAUGCGACUACCCCGGUCUUCGAAUACUCGACUGCCAGAAUGACGGGAGCUAUGCCGGAGUCAUCCCCCCAGCAUUCUCCUAGGACCGGCCACGAUCCUAGCUCUAGCCCCGAGACCGAGUCACCACCCGCAGUAGACAAGGGAAAGCAGCCGGAUAUUGCUCAUCAAACCGAAAACGAAAGCAAAGUCCUGCCGGAAGCUCCAGCAUGCCAUGCAUCCCAUGACGGCGAGACCGACACUAGCCGUGUAGUAGGUGGUGAAGGAGGUAAAGUGGAGGAGUCAGGGGAGGGGGGAGACGAGGAAGAGGAAGAGGAAGAGGACAGUGAGGAGGAAAGCGAAGAUGACGAGAAUGAGGAGGACGAAGAAGAUGAAGAGGAAGAUGAAGAGGACGAAGAGGACGAAGAGCCCCGGCUCAAAUAUGCUCGACUGACUCAACAUCUGGGUGGUGUCUAUCGAAACGGAGACGCGACAAGUGCCUUCCUUGUCGCUGGGGACAAGAUGAUCAUUGGAACACAUAAUGGCAACAUCCAUGUCAUCCAGUUACCCAUGUUUCAAUCUCUCAGAGUCUACCAUGCCCACGCAGCAUCCGUCACAAGCAUCUCCAUCUCGCCUUCUCCACCGCCUCUUCCCACCGACCGACCGGAUGCCGCCCAAAGACUCGCUUCCCAGCCCGCUACGGGCUCUCUGCGACCUGCCUCUCGCCAUUCCGAAGCCUCGACUGUUGCCGCCACUAGAAGAUCGAGAGAGCCGGCCCCAAUUCCCAACACGCCUGCCAAUAACAUCCACAUCGCGACGUCCUCACUGGACGGCCACGUGUGCAUCCAGAACCUCGUCGACAUGAAAGACGUACAGCUGCGCAACUUUGCGAGACCGGUCCAGGCGGUUGCCAUCUCCCCCGACUACAAGAACGAUCGAACCUAUCUGUCGGGUGGCCUGGCCGGCCAGCUCAUCCUCACAGUGGGCGGGCCAAACGGAAAGAGUACGUCUACCACCGUCGGGACCGCUGCGGCCGCGGCUUCGGGCUGGCUCGGUAGCAUGGGCUUAGGGCACAACACGGGGAAAGACACCGUCUUGCAUUCCGGAGAAGGGACCAUCAGCAGUAUCAAGUGGUCCUUAUCGGGCAAGUAUGUGGUUUGGCUUAACGAACACGGCCUCAAAAUCAUGCGUACCAAGCUGCACCUGGAUAGCGCCGAUGCGGACGACGCAUGGAAGCGGCUCGGUCACGUCGAUCGGCCUCAAACAGACGAAUGGGACGUCAUGGCGAGCGUCUGGAAGGGCAGAGCCGAGUGGAUUGAUGAGCAGGCUGUCGAGGUGGACGACAACGGGCCAAGCCACGACGGAGACACGGCCAUGUCGGCCGCUGCCGAGAGCUUGAAGCAACAAGCAGCAUCGCAUGCCAAGAAAGUCGAAAGACUCAUCGUAGGCUGGGGCAGCACGAUUUGGAUCAUACAUGUGCAUCCCGGCGGUGUUGGUGUCGGCAAACAUGCCGGAGAGAGGACGGUGGGCCGCGCAGAAAUUGCACAACAUCUGCGGAUGGACUGCAUCAUUUCGGGCAUUUCCCUGUACACCCAGAGGCUAUUGCUCGUGCUCGCGUGCCCGUUGCAUGACGAGGAGGAGGGGGAAGAGGAAGAAGAAGAAUUCCACGAGGAAUCGGAUCCCAAGAGCAGGGGACACCAAUCUAAACCCUCAACAGCAUCGGCGAGCAGCGAACCAGCAGGCGGUAUUCGAAGGCGAAAAAAUAACCCCCCCCCCGAGCUGCGGCUCGUCGACCUUGUUUCCCAGGCGGAGGUGGAUAGAGACGACGGCCUCAUCGUAAGCCGAUACGAAAGACUAUCGUCGGGCGACUACCACCUUGGUAUCUUACCGGCGCAGAAUGCCGCUUCUGCGGUCGCUUCCUCCAAAGGCGCGCUGGAGUCGUUAGCUGACUUUGGAUCCGAGGUGUGGAAUGCCGCCAUCAAUCCCAAGCUGCUCUUCAGUUCUGGUGCCAGCAUCAGAUCUAAGAACAGCGGUGAUGAAGAGUCGAUCAACAGGGUUCCCAGCACAACAAGCACCGCGAGAGCUGCCAUUACCAAACCCAACGCCCCGGCGGUCCACUCGAACCUCAUCAAGCCGGGUGUCAAGAUCUUCAUUCACAGCCCGUAUGAUUGCAUCCUUGCUACGAAACGAGACCUCGGGGAUCAUCUGGUCUGGUUGGUGGAGCAUCAACAAUACCAGAAGGCGUGGGAACUGCUUGACGAGAACCCAGACAUUCUAGCCUCACCCACAGACACCAAUCUCAGCGAACUCGUACCUCCUACGCCAGACAAGAAGCAAGGGAGCCCCGACGAGUUUGUUGAUGAUGCCUCGUCUGUGAUGGGGUCGGGGACGGUGGGAACGCAUCCCUACUCCACCGCACAGAAAGAGAAGCGACGCAUCGGGGAGCUCUGGAUCCGAGAGCUCAUCGAGGCCGGGGACUGGACUACGGCUGGGCAGGUGUGCGGCAAAGUGCUCGGUUCGUCAGACCGCUGGGAGAAAUGGGUCUGGACUUUUGCCGGAGCGAACAAGGUGGAGGCCAUCGCCAACUACAUCCCAUCGGAACCCAUGCAUCCGCCCCUUUCGAGGACGAUCUACGAGGUGGUAUUGAACCACUACAUCCAGGCCGACAAGGUGAGGUUCAAGGAGAUGCUGGAACGAUGGCCGACGGACUUGUUCGACAUCAAGACGAUAACGACGGCGCUGGAAAACCAGCUGAAAUACCGCGACGUCCGCGAGGACAGCGUCGAAGGCGGCGAGAAGGGCAGGGACUGGCGGAUCGUGAUGGAGUCGCUGGCCAAGCUGCACGAAGCGAACGGGCGCUACCGGGAAUCGCUCAAGUGCUACAUCAGGCUCCAGGACGCGGACUCGGCGUUCCGGCUCAUCCGGGAGAACCACCUCGCGGACGCGGUGGCGGACGACAUCCCCAGCUUCAUCGGCCUGCGCGUCCCGGCCCACGGGCUGGCCGACAUGACGGAAGGCGACCUGGAGGAGGCCACAUCCGAAGCCAUCACGCUGCUGGUGGAGGAGGCGCAGCACGGCUUGGUCCGGCCUUCGGUGGUGGUAUCGCAGCUGCAGCAGAAGGACGUCAACCUCUUCCUCUUCUUCUACCUCCGCGCGCUGUAUCAGGGCCAGGGCCUCGAGGAGGCCCAUACGGGAGAGAACCGGGAGAGGUUGCAGAUGGAGAGCAAGCACCUCGUGGACGAGUUUGCCGAUUUGGCGGUGCGGCUCUUUGCCAGAUACGAUCGGGCGCUGCUCAUGGACUUUCUCAAGUCGUCGACUUGUUACGCAUUUGAAAAGGCUGCGCAAGAAUGCGAACGGUACAGGUACGACGACGAAUUGGUAUACCUCUACUCGAAGACAGGCCAGAUGAAGCGCGCCCUCUUCCUCAUCAUCGACCGGCUCCAAGACGUCAAAAAGGCCAUCGAGUUUGCCAAAGAACAAGACGACCCGGACCUGUGGGAAGACCUCCUGACCUACAGCAUGGACAAGCCGAGUUUCAUCCGCGGCCUGCUGGAGCAGGUCGGCACGGCCAUCAACCCCAUCACGCUGGUCCGGCGGAUCCCCGAAGGCCUCGAGAUCGAGGGCCUGCGCGACGGCCUGAAGCACAUCAUGAAGGAGCACGAAAUCCAGUACAGCAUCAGCUCGGGCGUGGCGCGCGUGCUGCGGAGCGAGGUGGCGGCGGCGCAGAAAGAGCUGCGUCUGGGACAGCGCAAGGGGAUCAGGUUCGAAGUGGCGGUGCAUUCUCCCGAGCACGUCGAUGUCGAGACGAAAGACGUAGCGAACCCGGCAGCGGCAGAAGGCGAAGCCGACGGCGCGAAGGGAAGCAACGGAGACGGAGACGGAGACGGAGACGGAAGGACACAGAAGAAACCCGGCAGCAAAGACGGACGACGCAGCAGCCGCGGCGCCCCCCGAGCGGGCCAGUGCGCCGAGUGCUGCGGCGCGUUCACCGAGGUGGAAGCGCAGACGCUGGUGGGAUUCGCGUGCGGGCACGUAUACCACCUGGCGCACCUCCUGGAGAGGCUUCACCCGGGGAGCAAGCAGGAGGACGACAUGGGCGCGGCGGUGGCGGAUCGGCCGGGCCACGGGUGGCGGGUUGGCGCCAAGGUGACGCAUGCGAGGUUGCUGAAGGACAACAUCCGGGCGGGGUGUCCGGUGUGUGUUGAUAAGCGUGAUCAGGGACAGGUUGUGUAGUUGGGGUUUCUGUUCUGCGAAUGUUUUACGGAUAUUGCGGGGCAUAGGGGGGCAUACUUUUCACAUAUGUGUAUGAGAAGGGAAUUCAAGAAUAAAUUUGUUAAUCAGGAGG